CUCUUCGUGGAUACCCACCUCGACAUACCCCUCGACAUACCCACCCACCUUUCAUUUUCUGACUAGGGAAUUCCACCUAACAAUCUAUACCACCGCUCACUUUGGUUCGUCACUCGACGCAUCGCGUUGGCAUACCCUCGCGCUAUACCCACACGAAGGACUAGAAACAACUUGAGGAAGAACAAGAACAACUAAUCAAACAUGUCUACGCGUGGCUCCCGUCGCUCCUUCACGGGCAACCACGAGAUCCUGCCCGCAGCCGAAGCGCGCAUCGAAACCGUCAUGUCGAUCGUUCCUAAUCGCGAGUUUAUCUCGUGGACGUUCGGACGUGGUACGGUGAUACACAGGAUCUGGCCCGCAGUGCUCUUGCAUACUCUCGUUGCUGCUGUCAUUACCACUAUCUCUCUGAAAACUAAAUACUGGCUCGGAAUUCCCUCUGUUAUGUUAACCGUCCUUGGUCUCGUCCUCGGUUUCGUUAUCUCCUACCGUGCUUCCAGCGGCUAUGACCGCUUCUGGAUGGGCCGUAGCGGGUGGGGCGACGUCAUCCGCACGUCGCGCACGCUCGCACGCGUCAUCUGGUUCCACGUUCCCCUCCAUCUCAGUCCCAAGGCCAAAGACGGCAUUCAAGUCGACGGCGUCGUUGUGGAAGAAGAAGAGGAUGAAGAGGCUGAGGUCAUGAUGGCCGAGAAGAUGAGAGCACUGGAUCUGGUUCAGGCAUUCGUUAUUUCGCUCAAGCACCAUCUCCGUGGUGAAAUUGGGGUAUACUACGAGGAUCUGUACCCGCUUGUGCACGGACAGCGCCACCAUCUUCACAUGCACCAUAGCAAGAAGACCGCACACACGCCCGAGGAAGCCGCCGCCCAGCUCGCCGGCGAAGCCACGCUCGCUGCGCCCUCCGGAAGCAACGGAAAGAAAUCGCGUCCGAGCGUCUACGGCACCUUCGAAUCCGUAGCCCCUGGGCACACAUCCGCCGCAACGACGCUAGUCCGGCGCCCGUCUGGCAUCUCGUCUUCCGCAGUGGACGACAGCGACCGCUCGUCCUGCUCUUCUUCGGACGAUGACGACGACCGUUCCGACGAACACCACACGCUCUUGCCUUCGCGCACGCGUAAGCGAACUGCGGGGUACUUUGGGCAGACUAACGCGGACCUCAUCCCGUUCGAGAGUUUCUUCAGUGCAAUCGGGCGCGGGUUCGCGCGUGUGGGCAGGGCUUUCAGGCGGAGGGAUAGAGUGUAUAAAAUCGAGGAGGCUGCGAACAGGUCGAGGAAGCAUCGGCCGAAGGUGGCGGGUGGCGGGCAGAAUCUGCCAUUGGAGAUUUUGAGGGGCUUUAGCGAGUGGGGGGUGGUGCUUGAGGAGCGCGGUGCUAUUCCAGGUUCGGCGUUGGGCACGAUCUACAGCUCGAUCGCAGCUUACGAGGACUCACUCUGCACGCUCGAGAAAAUCCUAACCACACCUCUCCCCUUCGUUUUCUCCUGCCACCUCCGGCACACCGUCUGGCUCUACCUCUUCUUCCUCCCCUUCCAGCUCAUCAAGGACUUCGGGUGGUUCACCAUCCCGGGCGUCGCCGUCGCAUCCUUCAUCUACCUCGGCUUCCUCGCCGUCGGCGACGAGAUCGAGCAACCGUUCGGGUACGAGGAGAACGAUCUCGAGCUCGAUCUGUUCUGCCACGACGUCGUGCGGGAGGACGUCGCGUGGCUCAAGCGCACGCCGUGCAGGAACGCGCGGGUGCCGCUGCAGGUCGGGGAGGUGCAGCACCGGAAUGUGCUCGUGAGCAUUGCGGACGACAGGACGGAGAGGCAUGUGAGGAGGCAUAAGCGGAAGGCGAGGGCUGCGAAGGAUGCGGCGGAGGGCAAGGGGAAGUAGACGUUGCUUUGGGUGAAGAACGUUGCUGGGUCGGGGGAGGAAAUGACCCCUGAGAUGAUGUAUCUUUGCUGCC